AUGUCUAGUAUAUACAAACUAUCCAUAAAGGGUAUCAGAUCGUUUGAGCCUGAAUCAGAUGAAACAAUUCAAUUUGGUUUCCCAUUGACUUUAAUUUGUGGUCAGAAUGGAUGUGGUAAAACAACGGUGAUUGAAUGCCUACGAUACGCAACUACGGGAAAUUUACCUCCAAAUUCAAAAGGUGGUGCUUUUGUUCAUGAUCCAAGUCUUAGCUCAAGAACCUCGGUGACGGGACAAGUGAAAUUGGCAUUCAAGAACGCCAAUGGCAAAUCAAUGAUCACAACAAGAUCAGUACAAGCAAGCAUCAAGAAUACAAAAUCUGCCAAUGCUAACACCAUCACGUUUAAAUCCAUGGAGGGACAACUAGCAUACAUUGAAAACGGUAAGAAAACAAGUAUAUCGUCCAAAAAUGCUGAGCUUGACUCGCAAGUGCCUAUUUUUCUCGGUGCAUCGACUGCAAUUUUAGAUAAUGUGAUAUUUUGUCAUCAAGAUGAGAGUUUGUGGCCCUUGAGUGAAGCAUCAGUGUUGAAAAAGAAGUUUGAUGAUAUAUUUGAGGCAUCAAAGUUUACCAAAGUCAUUGAUAAUUUAAAAAGUAUCAAAAAGGAUAUGGCCACUGAUAUAAAGUUGAUUGAACAAAGUGUUAAUCAUUUGAAAAUUGACAAGGAUCGAGCAAAGAAAGUGCGUGAUCGAUUGGCAGAGAUGAAUCACUCAGUUGAUACGUUUGCAGCAGAGAUUAGCGAAUUGAAUAUUCAAAUUGAACAAAAGGAUCUCGAGGCGGAAAAGUUAUUUGCUACUAAUCAAGAAUUUCAAAAAACUUUGAGUGAUUAUGAAAACUUGUUGAUGAAAAAGGCGUCGCUUGAUGAGACCAUUGACAGAAUUAAAAGCUCAAUUGAGAUCUUGCCGGAUAGUGAUGAGGAGUUGUUUCACAAGCAGGAAAACUUUGCGGCAAUUGUAGCGGAGAAUAAAGAAUCUAUUGGUAAAUUACAGAAGGUUGAAGAUGGCCUAAACACUAGCUUAAGGGAAAAGACAGAAGAGUAUAAUGAAAUGAUUAGGUUGGAUGGGUCACUCAAAGCUAAAAGAGCGGAAUAUGAUGCAAACAAAGGCAAAUUGACCAAAUUGAUGAAUGAAAAUGCUAAGGAAAUAAAGAUUAAUCUUGGGGAUGAUGAGUCGAGAAAUUUGACAAAUUUCAAAAAUGCUAUAACCGCAAAACUUGUGGAUCUCCAGAAGGAAGAAAAAGAGUUGAUUCUGAAUUACAGAUCGAUUGAAGUUGAGAGCCAAAAGCAGUUGAAAAAAAUCGAGGAUGAGAUAAUCAAAGAUGAGCAGUCAAUGGAAUACAUUGAACGCGAUUUGCAAAAGUCUCAACAGAGUUUAUCUCUGUUUAAAAAAAGAUUGGACGCAUCCUCGAACGAUGAAUCUGAGUUGGUUUCAAGAAAAGAUGAGUUAGACGUGACUAUAAAAGAACUCGACAACAAAAAGAGCAAGAAAGAGGUCAAAGAGCUUGAUAUUAAGAUAACAAAAGCAAAUGCCGAAAACGCAAAACUUGAAUUUGAAUUGGAUGAGGUUGCAAAAAAGUUGCUGACAAGUAGUGAGCAGUCGGAGCUUAGAACAAGGAUAAAGUUUUUGGAAGAUGAAAUAAAGUUAAAGAAUGCGGAAAUUACUAAGAUCAGUCAAAAGAUCAAUAAUGAAUAUAAAGAGGUGGUCGGUGGUGAUCUUGACAUUGAUUUUGCUGAGCCCAACUUUAAAGAAAAAUAUGAAGAAUUAAAAUCGGAAUUGGAUAGUCAGCAAAAGAAAGUUUACGGCAUACAAAGUGAAAUUGAUUCUUUAAUGUCCUCGAGGCUGGGGAUCUUGAAUAACAUAUCAAACAACUCAUUGAAAAUUGAUGAAUUGAAAACCGACAUUACCGAAGUUAUUCAAGAAUCAGAAAUAGACGAGUAUGAAAAUAUACUACGCGAUUUGGAAGAAGAUUAUCGAAAUGUAACGGAAGACGUAAACACCUCUGAAGUGACGAAAAGUUACGGUAAGUCGGCAUUAGAAAUGGCGGAAAAGAACAAAUGCUGUUUAUUAUGUAAACGAAUGUUUGAUGAUCCAGCGUUAACAAAGUUUAUAGCAGAGUUAAGGCAAGGAUUUGACGAGGAAAAGAUUCGGAAAGUGAAAAGAAAUGCAGAAGAAAUUGGCAAAGAACUUGAUGCUACAAAAAGUAUCAGUUUGAAAGUGAUUAAUUAUAGGGAGUGCGUUGCCUUGAAGCCUAAGCUUGAGAAAGAGUUGAGCAUUUUUGAUGACAAAAUCAAUACAUUAAACAACUCAUUAAAGAGUGAAACAAAAACUUUCGAAAGUUUAAGACAUACAUUUGAAUCUGCAAACGACUUGAAAAAGCCACUUGAUGAUGCAUCCAGAUUGAAUCAUGAAGUGCAAGACCUUGAUUUCAAGGUGGACAAGUUGAAUGAUGAGUUAGAUGAAUUUGGUUCUGCUGUAGGUUCAGUAGAAGAGUUGCAAAAGCAACAACGAGCUAUCCAUGUGAAAAUCCGUGAAGUUAGACAAGAAGUGAGCGACCUCUCAGACGAAAAGUAUAAAGUUCAAAAAGAUAUUCAACGGUUAGAAAAUAAUGUCAAGGACACCAAAUUGACGAUUAGUAACCUUGAACGAUCCUUGGCUGAAGUCCUGAAUAUCAAGCGAUCAAUCGAAGAUUCAGAAACAAGCAUAGCAAGUCUCGAAUCCAAAAGUAAAGAAAUGAGAUCGAAGCUACUACACUCAAGAAAAGACAGGGACAGGGCGUCUCAUGAAUUAGAGCAGGUUCAAAUAGAUCACUCUUUGGCAGGAAAUAAGAUGCUGAAAAGAAUCAAGUCCCUUAACACAUUAGUGGAAAGUUUUCAAACACUUUUAACCGCAAUGUCUGAUUUCGAAGCUAUUGAGUUACCCAAAAUGAAGAAGAACUCUGAUAAUAUGGAAGCCAUUGUCAAGGAGUGUGACUCCAUAAAAGCACAAAUUUUGGAAAACUCCAGCGAAAUAAGAAAAUACGAGAAAUUAGUGAUGGAUUCCUCGCGAGUAGAGCAUAACAUUAUGUCAAACAUUGACUAUCGUGCCCAAAUCAAUCGUUUGGAUGAAACUGAAUUUCAAUUGAAUUCAAUGGAUAUCGAGAAUGCUCAAUUGCAAAAGGAAGAGUAUCAACAAAAUUCCAAACGCAUUCGAGAUGAAAUCUCGAAUCUCUCGUCAGAACAUGCUGGGAAAGUAGGUGAAGUCAAGCAAAUCAAGGAUCAGAUUGAAACAUUGAAAAAGGAAUUGGCAACGGAGUAUAAGAAUGUUGACGAAAUGUAUCAUGAGGAAUGGAUCAAGUUACAAACUAAUUUACUUGUGUCUAACGACAUUCAAAAUUAUUCUAAAGCGUUGGACAAUGCCAUUAUGAAAUACCAUAGUAUAAAAAUGGAAGAUAUAAAUCGUAUUUUGACUGAAUUAUGGUCGCAAACCUAUCAAGGAACAGAUAUUUCCACUAUAGCAAUCAAAAGUGAUGUUAACCUACAAACUAAGGGGAACAGAUCGUACAAUUAUCGAGUGGUUAUGGUUAAAGAUUCAAGUGAGUUAGACAUGCGAGGUCGUUGUUCGGCGGGUCAGAAAGUUUUGGCCAGUAUAUUGAUUCGGUUAGCAUUGGCAGAAUGUUUUGGAUCAAAUUGUGGUAUAAUUGCUUUGGAUGAGCCCACAACAAAUUUGGAUAGUGAGAAUGCAGAAGCAUUGGCAACAGCUUUGAACAGAGUCAUUGAUUAUAGGAAACGGCAACUGAAUUUCCAAUUGAUUGUUAUUACUCAUGAUGAAAAGUUCUUGAGCCAUUUACGAGGCUUUACUGAUCAUUAUUACCGAAUUGACAGAGACGAAAAGAGCAAAUCGAGAAUUUAUAGAAUGAGCUUUGCAACAAGAUAG